CAGAGCAGGAGCGAGUGCAGCUGGGGGGAAUGGGGAGCCGGCCAGCCAGCAGACCCAGCAAGGCCUACAGCAGAGGGAGUGUCGACAACCAGACUGUGACCCGAUCCGAUGGCUCCUCACUGGGGCAGUCAGGUGGGGAGUUGGGGGGAGACGAAGAGGAGGAGGAGGAGGAGGAGGAGGAGGAGGAGGUGACGGGCGAAGGGAGGAGGAGCACAUCGAGCGGCAGAAUGGCGAGUGGCGUCACGUCUGGCAUUGUGGACGAGGACUACGACACAGACCUGGAUCUGGAAGAGCCAGAGCAACCAUACGACCCCACUGGCGAGGCUCGCUACAGGGAAGCCUGCGGGUCACUUGGGGUCAUCCCUGCCUCCUACUUCCUCAGAAAUAUGCACCACAGCGAGCUGAACAUGACUCAUCAUGGCCUCGGACCCCAGGGUACCAAAGCUCUGGCAGUUCCCUUGGUAACCAAUCUCAGCAUCAUGAGGCUGAACCUGCGGGAUAAUUGGAUGGAGGCGACGGGCGGGUCUGCCGUGGCUGAGCUGCUGAAGGAGAACUGUUACAUCACAGGUGCUUCCCUGCGCCGCGCUGCUCUGCGCUGCCACUUGUGCCACCCACCCAUAUGCCACCCCAGAGAAAUCGACCUAUCAAAGAACAGAUUGGGAGAGAAGGGAGCUGAAGCUCUGUCCAGUAUGCUUGUGGAAAAUACCACCUUAGUGUCACUCAGCCUAUCAGCCAAUGAGCUCAGUGACAAAGCUGCCAAUCACCUGUCACUGGCGAUUGCCACCAAUCAGAGACUGGAGAGAAUGGACCUCAGUCACAACAAACUGGGGGAUGCAGCAGGGGAGGCCCUGGGGCACGCAAUAGCUGAGAAUAGCGGCAUGAAGUCUCUCAGUCUGGCCUGGAACAGCAUCCGCGGGAGAGGAGCCAUAGCUGUAGCCAAAGGUCUCGGGGCAAACAUAUUUCUGCGGAAGCUGGAUCUGUCCUACAACGGCCUUGGGAAGGACGGCGCUGUAGCCCUCGGGGAGGCCCUGAGAGAGAACAACACUCUGGAGGAGCUGGACAUCAGUAACAACCGAAUACCCCCAGAGGGUGCAAUCCGAUUUUCGAUUGGCCUUAAAGUAAACAAGACAAUCAGAAUUCUCAAGAUGGCGAGGAAUCCUAUGCAGUCUGCAGGGUGCUUCGGGAUUCUCACCUCAGUCCAAUCUAACCCAGCUUCAGUGAUGGAGUACUUGGACUUUAGUGACAUCACAGUAAAUCCAGAUUUUGAUGCAUUGUACAGUACUACCAAGGAAACAUGUCCUAGUCUACAGGUCAAACAUGGUGGCAUAAUGAAUGCUUACAAAACCUCCACCUGAGUACUGGGCCUACAUCUGCUUACCUUGUUAAAUGAUGAAAUAAUGUUGUAGUCAUUAAGUAGGCCUAUGUAAUAAAGAGAAUGUGAUGGGGGGGUUUAACGUGGACAAAAGUCAGUCAAUAAGUACUGUCAGGCUGAUGAAUGAAUGAGAUUAUCACUUUGUAUGGGUAGGGUUGUCUCUCUUCCCUGUGUGAUAAUCUGCAUAAUGUCGCCUGAUACUGCAUCUAUUUUUUUGCCUGACAAUAAAGGUUGAUAAA